AUGGCCCGUAUCCUGAUAACAGGUUCUACGGAUGGCUUUGGCCUUGAGGCUGCCCGUCAGCUGGUCCAGCGUAAUCAUACCGUCUAUCUUCAUGCGCGUAGCCAAGAGCGCGCAGAGGAUGCCAAGGCAAAAUGCCCUGGAGCUGCCGGCGUGCUGAUUGCAGACUUGACAAGCGUAACUGAGACGCGCAAACUGGCUGAGGAAGCCAACGCGAUUGGUACCUUUGAUGCUGUCAUUCUGAAUGCCGGAUUGCUUUACGGCCCCUUCCGCAAGACGCCAGAGACAGGCGUGCCAGCUAUGGUCUUCGUCAAUGUUAUCGCACCCUAUAUCCUCUCUUGUCUCCUUCAACCACCCAAGCGUCUUAUCUUUAUCGCUUCCGUCCUACACCGAGAAGCCACCAACACGAACGCGAAGGAUAUUUUCUGGUUGGAGCGUGGGGGAAAGGAAUUCCAGGAUUUCCCGGCCUACUGCGAUUCAAAGCUUCAUGUUCUGCUUCUUGCGAAUGCAGUGGCAAGGCGGUUCAAGAGCACUUCCGUCACGGCUGUGCAUCCUGGAUGGGUUCCUACCAAGAUUGGAGGUCAGGGGGCUACCGACAAGCUGGAGGAUGGUGUUGAGACAUACGUCAUGCUGGCCGAAGGUGAUUACGAUCAAAGUCUCACUGGUGUAUAUUUUGAACCCAAAAAGAAGAUCGGUGAACCUUUGGAAGUGACAGCGGAUGAAAAUUUGCAGGAGGUCGUCGUCAAAGCUUGCGAGGAUGUCACCGGUCUUAAGCUAGUAGCUUAA